UUAUGGAAAAUUUUUACACGAAUACCGGCGAAGCUGGCAAUUUCCUUCUGGUUGCCGAUAUCGUAUGGUUUCGGUGUGUAGACGACCUAAGAAAGAAGAGGUCUCGCGGUACCACCCUUGCCCUUGAUUGUAGGCGCGAGACCGCUUGUCUGAGGGUUGUGUCGGAGCUCGCAGACAGGCUACCAAUGCACCAGGAGCGCGAAACGAACGGUUCGAUACCGGAUGGUCUCUCGCGCAACACCCUCUCCGCUGGCAGUCGCGCUGCAGGCUCGCCCGCCCGUUGCAGUUUGCCGUAUUUUAUUACAUAAGUUGCGAGCUUGUGUAACGCAACCGGUCUCCACAAGCUUAAUAACUUUUUUAUCGAUUUUCUUGUGCUGUUCCUCGAGCACAACGCGAUUCGAUUGUUGUUGUUGUUGUUGAUUUUUUUUUCUUCUUCUUCUUCUUACGCCGCUAAGGGGGAAAUUUCGAAAUC